GCAAAUUGACAUAGAAUAAUAAAUAAACGCACAAAACAAAGCAAAUCAAAAAUGCAAUCCCAGCGAUUAGCAACAAUACACAAUUUGCUGGCGCUGCGUUCGUUGGCGCUGCAAACACCCAAAUAUCCGAAAAUACAACAACAAAAAAUACAGCUCUACGCAUGCUGCUUAAAGCGAAAUCUUACACAAGCAACAAAUACAACAACAACAAAAACAGAUGAGCAAAAAGCAAAGCGGCUGCAACAAAAAAUAACAUUGAUUGCCCAAAAUCAGGCCAUGAGCAUCACCACACUAGAGGAUGCUCAGAAGCUGGCCAAGCGACGGGAUUUGCACCUGCUGCGACUGAAUCAAACGGAUGCCAAAACAGGGCGUCUUAUGUUCAAGUUGGUCACCGCUGCCGAUAUGCUGGCAGAUGAUACGGUUGAAGGCAAGGAUGCAUCUAGUAAGUCAGCUGCGGAGAAGGGCAGCAAGAAGACGACGGAGAAGUCGUUAACUAUUGGCGCUCGCAUAACAGAUCAUGAUCUCGCCUCCCGACUGAAGAACAUCGCCAAAUGGCUCCAUAAGCGACACGAGGUGCGCAUCCUCAUCCAGGGCAAUCUGAGCGGUGCCGACGAAGGCAGUGCGGAGCGCAUUGUCAAAACCAUCGAGACCACCAUCAAGGAGCCACAAGUCAUUGGCAAAAUCGUUCAGAGACGUCAAAAGGGUGGCUAUAUUAAAUUUAGCAUAAUGCCGAUGGCAUCACCGACUCCAACGCCAGCUGCCCCAACUCCGGCUGAGUCGUGACAACCAAAGCGGCCUCGGACGCAACUCACUAAAAGCAUGCUCAAAACGACUCCGUCUGCAUUCUGCUUGAAUGUAGUGCACUACUCCACGAUGGAGCAGCAAGGCGAUAAGGGAGAUCGCCCGGAAUCCACUAAAGCAAUAGUUGUGGCCGCUGCAUCUGUCUUAUUAAUUUUCAUCUUAAAAUACGUGUUUUGGUUGCGGGUGACCUUUAAGGGCGGCAACGAUAGAAAUUAAAACACUUUUUAUACAGUUAUACAAUAAAAUCGGGGAGCUUUUUUUGUCUGCUUUAAA